AUGGACAGGUUUCGGUUCCUGCUCCUCGCCCUCCUCGCCCUCCUUCGCCGAGCCACGGGCUAUGGCAUGAUGACAGAGGUGGUUGGAGCCGAGGGCGGGUCCGUCACCUUCCACAUCCAUGGUCCAACUCGAAGUACAGCCGUCUGGAGCUUCGAUGGUGUACCCAUAGUGACUCUGGAAUUCGGUGAACCUCCUGUAGCCCUGUUUGCAGACAAAAAAUAUGAGACACGCUUCACCUUCUCCGAGCAGGGCAGGGCCCUCACCAUCUCCCAGCUCAGGAUGGAGGACGCUGGCACCUACUCUGCACAGAGCUGGUUCAUAGAAUCCAUCUACACCCUGCAGGUGUACAGGGAGCUGGCAGAGCCCCGGGUGAGCUGCGAGGCCCAGAACUGCUCGGGCGGGGGCUGCCGCUACGCCCUGCACUGCUCCGCGCCCGGCCCCGGCCUGGGCAGCGUCUCCUACGGCUGGAGCGAGGGGGAGCAGCCCCGGGGAGAGGGGCCCACGGUGCUGCUGGAGGAGUCACCCCCGGACGGGUCCGUGUCCCUCACGUGCCGGGCACAGAACCCCGUCAGCAACAGCAGCGUCACCGUCUGGCCCGGGCACCUGUGCGCAGGAAAUACAACCCACCCUCUCCCCACUGGCCCCCGCUCCAGCAGCCUGGCCAGGGUGGGGGCCGUGGCCGUGGCCGAAGCCGCGGCUCUCGCCGGAGUUUUCUUGGUGUUCUACUGCAGAGACAAGAAAGCAGGACCAUGGGAUGAGUUCCUGGCGUGGAAACCCACAGGUCAGGGAUGA